UUAUGAACUAUUCCACAUUUCAUUUCCCUUCAUGCAUUGCGACAGAGAAGACGGUCGCCAUUUUGCAGAGGUGUGAGAGCUGAACAUUCGGGCAAAUUCGCACAAAAUUCCGUCGGAAAACAACCAACAUGAGCGACACUAACGGCGAAUACGAAGAGCGGAGGGAGAGCACUGGGAGACGAUCUAAGGGAUCUGCACCAAGAUCUGCAUCCCGGUCGGCCUCGCGAUCUCGGUCGCCCAGCGGAUCCAACCGCUCGUACUCCCGCUCUCCUUCAGCCCGCGCUGCCUCACGAUCUCCUUCCAGGUCCCGGUCCAGGUCAGCCUCCAGGUCUCCCAGCCCACGCAAGCAUUCCAGGGCCUCGCGAUCCCGCUCUCGCUCACGCUCGUACGACCGCCGGCGGCGCUACAGUCGUUCUCGCUCCAGGUCAAGGUCGCGUAGGAGAUAUAGGUCUCGCAGCAGAAGCCCCCGACGCAGCAGCUACUACGGAAGCAGCUAUGGAGGCAGCCGUUACCGGCGCAGCCACAGCCGAUCCCCCAUGUCCAACCGCCGCAGACAUGUCGGCAGCAGGGAAAACCCGACCACCGGCGCCUGCCUGGGUGUGUUUGGGCUAAGCCUGUACACCUCAGAGCGGGAUCUUCGGGAGGUGUUCUCCCGCUAUGGUCCACUGCAAGAAGUACAAGUUGUCUACGACCAAAAGACCGGCCGGUCUCGAGGAUUUGCCUUUGUGUACUUCCAAACUACUGAGGAUGCAGUCGAGGCCAAGGACCGUACCAAUGGAAUGGAGGUGGAUGGACGCCGCAUCCGUGUGGACUAUUCCAUCACAGAGAGGGCUCACACCCCUACUCCAGGCAUCUACAUGGGACGACCCACCACGGGGGGAGAUCGCGGAGACCGUGGGGAUCGCGGAGACCGUGGGGAUCGGGGUGACCGCGGGGAUCGAGGUGACCGUGGGGAUCGAGGGGAUCGGUACGACCGCGGGGAUCGUUACGACCGUGGCGGUGGUGGCGGCGGGGGCGGUGGCUACAGAGACCGUGAUCGUGACCGGGACUACUACCGGAGGUCACCGUCGCCAUAUUCCUACCGUGGCUCCAGGCGCUACUAUUCUCGCUCACGAUCCCGCUCAUACUCGCGCUCACCACGUGGAUGAAUGAAGAAAGAAAAAACAGAAGAAAGAAAAAUGAAGAAGCCCAACUUGAAGUGAAGACUCAAGAAAUUGGGGAAGACAUAUACCCACUAGGAAGAAAUUGCGUUGAGAAGAAUGGGUGUUUCUCUAAGUUGUAGACCUCGUGGCCUUGCUCACAAGAGAGAAGAAAGAAGCUGCUGAAAAAGGUGGCUGUCUGUAGGGCAAAACCCAAAAAUCCAGUCUUCCAUUUCCCGGUAAAAGAAGUUGGUGUGAAAGGAAAGGGAAGUAGAUGAAGAAUUGAGAAGAACAGAAAAUAGAAGACCAACAAAUGAAGAUGGAGGAAAGUGGGGAAGAGUCGUAGCGACGGGUAACGCAUAACGUCUUUUCACUUCCUUUCCAACAUUUUUCUUGCUUCAACCUUGCCAUGUAUGCAGUAUCUAUUUUGCAUGCACUGGUUACACUAUCAUAAAGUCAGUUUUCUUGAGCAUUUCACUCCUCCUGUCUUCCUAACCCUUUAAGAAAUGGAAGGACAACAGAAGUGAAAUGUUCCUUGGCUCGUGGGUAUUUCAUCUUUGCACAGAAGUCAGAAAAAUUUUCAUCCCAAUUUUAUCUGUGAUCCGUUACUUCCUUGCUAACCACUGCAGUUGUAGCUGUGUUGUAAAAAGAUUGAGAAUACAUGAUUACCACAAAGGCAUGUAUUACACUACUGACAGCUACCACUAUCACACAGUUAUCAAGCUAUUAAAUGAAAAAAGAUUUUCAUACUUAAACUUUCUUGCAAGCAGCAAAUUUCAAACAUAGAAAUAUGUCCACGUGUUAGAGCCAUGUGAAAUUUGACUGACUUUCCUUGUAAGGUAAUUCUAGGUAAGCACUAAUACUAUUGACUUGAUUUCAGUAAUUCACACAGCAAUUGUCUCAAGACAAAACACUUAAUUUCUCAGAAAACUCUUGUAAUGUAGGCUGAUGAGAUUUUGAUUGGAUGCCUUUGUUGAAUGCUUUUGAAUGCUUAACAUUGUCUUUUUCCCUCAGAAAAUGAUCCUUGUGUUGCUGUUGUCGUCAGUAUGGACAUCUACCAAGAGUAAAAGCAAUUCCUUCUCAUGAAAAAGGCAUUUUAAAAAAUACAUUUGACUUGUUUGUACAGAGCAAAUGAAUCUGCUGGAGACGUUUAUGAAUCUGCUGGAGAUUUCUAACCUGAGUACCAUCCUCCAUAGUGACCACUGGCUCAAUACUUUCGUUUGCUCAGUGGUUAGCAAGCAAAAGUAUUGAGCCAGCUAUGUAGGAUGGUACUCAGGCUAGGAGAUUACAAAUCUUAUGCAGGAUUCUUAUGUAAGAAAAGUUUGUCUAAUUUUUCUGCAAGUCACUUGAUGACAUUAUGUUUUUGAUGUUUCCAACAGUUUCAUAAUAAUUCCAAGAUAUUUUGUGGACUUUUUGUCCAACUUGAAAAAGUGAGUUUUCUGAGAAGAGGCUAACAUGGAGGGAAACACAGGUUAUUUAUGAAGUCAAAUCUGUUGUGCCCUUCCUUUGCUAACAGGAGAGUUUCUUUCUCCUUCCAGACUGAAAUGACUUUAGCUUUCGUGGGUUAUGUUAUACAUGUAUCCAUCCCUAUGUUAGCUCCAGUCUGUGUGUUAGACCUAUCCACUACAACUAACAGACUAGCUUAAGUAGGGAUAGAUACUGGCUACAGUUACACAUUGUUGGUGUAAAACAGUAUCGCAAGGUUCCUUUGUUUACAUCAUAAGAAAAUUGAAAACAGUUCCAAGUUUAAAAAAGACUAUUAAGCUCUUUACUGUGUAGUAUACAAUGAAAAUACCGUUAGACAUAUUUGCCAUAAAAGUGAUAUACAUGUAUGUAAUUCAACAUCCUGAGUCCACUGUCAGACCACAUCAGUUUCCAAAGGAGAUCUCUCAUAAUGGUAACCUUGUAAAGAGGUGACAGUUUAUACUCUUUUAUGCCAAAUGCACCUGAUUGGUAUCUGUAAGCUGCAGUAAUGUGAUAAUGCAAAUGUUGUAGAUCUUUUCAGGCCUACAAGACCUGUUUUAAAACUUUGUUGACUCUUCUUCACCCUACAGUUCCUUCUGACAACAUCCAACUUAGGGGCAAGAUGGACACAGACUAAAGACGGUAUCAAUAUUUUUCUAUUCUUGAAGCUUGAAGCUAACUAUGAGAGUUUUUCAGUCGAAAAUGGAAGUGUUGAAGGUACUGUUUUUCCAUAGAUGAGUUUAUUAGUGAUGGAUGAUUCUAAAGGACCCCUGUAGCGAUUAGAGGUUAACUCCAAGCAGAUCUCCGAUGGCAAAGUUAUCCCAUAGGCCAAGGCAAAGUCCAUGAGUCCUGGUGGUCAAUGGACACUGUCUUGCUCUGAAUUGUGGUUUUGCCGUCAGAAGAUCAGCUUGGAGGGUGAUAGUCAUAAAGACAACAUCUCCUUGUUUGUGCUGUGUUUGAUACAAUGAUGGCCAUAGUUUUUACCCCAAGAUGCUACCAAUAAGGCAACUGCUUUCCCUUUUCUCAGUUUUUUAUAGUGUCUUCACAGUGUCUCAGAAACAACAAGCAGAGGAGCACAGAGAGGUACUUUGAGUCCAGUGUUCAAACUUUCCUUCCACACAAAUCUGUUUUUCCAGAGAUAACCAGUACAUUUUAUCCCUUACUUUACAGGUUGUAGCUGUGUAUUGGACUGACAAUCACCUGAUACAUGUAUAUAAAGUUUACUGGCAUAGGUUAUCAUUGAUUGUUUGCCUUGCAUCAGAUCAAAGCUCUUUUACAGCAAAGGUACAUCCAGUGUGUCAACAGCACUCCUUGUGGAUGUGUGGAGACCUUGCCUUUCUGGCAGGAACACUAACUGCAGAUGACAGGGGAUGGUGGACCACUUCAACAAAAAUGAAGUUUAGCAGAUUUUUCAGGAAUAAAAUUCACAAUCCUA